AGCCCCCAUGCCGGAAGUGUUCGACUUUUGUAUCGUAGGGGCGGGUAUUGUGGGCAGCGCGGCAGCGAGACACGCCACCUGCCGGCCAGGAACCAGUGUCUGUCUCGUGGGACCAACGGAGGCACAGACGUGGUCCUCCAGAGAUGGUGACGUGUUCGGGAGCUGGUACGACGAGGGGCGGCGGGUGUCAUGCCUGGGCAAGGACGCAGCGAUGGCGGACAUUGGUCGAGCCACCAUAGAACGGUUCCCCGACAUAGAGGACCAGGCUGGUUUUAAGUUUUAUUACGAGGUUGGAAGCCUAAAUAUCGGACAAGCAUGUGUUUGUUUCAAUGGUAAACGAAGCCAAGAUUCUGUACGCAAACUUGAGAAUGCCGAUAUGAAAAAACAGUUCCCGUACCUGGUCAUGAAUAAGACGGACCGAGGUGAACUGGAGACACAGAACGCUGGCUACAUCAACCCAAGGGCACUCGUGGCGGCUCAGAAAAUCAUAGCAUUACGGGCCGGCUGCACGAUUAUAGACGACAUUGCGGUGUCUGUAGACAGGGUUUUGGCGGGCACCAUGUACCACAUGAGCGUCCGUACCGAGGGUGGGCGAACGAUACUCGCACGGCGGGUGCUGCUGGCCACUGGCGGGUUUUCCACUUUCCGUGAUCUGCUACCACCGUCGGCGGGGUACCCCGACCAGUACGUGAAACCCACUUGCGUUUCGUUGCUGAAAGUCAGCGCGGACACGGCCUCCAGAUUCAGAGCUAUGCCAUGUGUUCUGUACAAGGGUGAGGGUGACGGUCGCUGGAUGAAGGCGACCACGGACGGCACGGGACGCCUCAUCGACUUCUACAUGCUUCCGCCCAUACGCUACCCAGACGGGUGUUAUUACAUAAAAUUGGGUCUGACGGGUGCCGUACCAAAGAUGUUGCGUUCACAGGAUGACGUUAGACGUUGGUACCGAAACGGAGAUGUCACCGUGCAACGUAACGUCGCUGAGUUUGCAAAAUCUGUAUUUCAGGGCGUGGAUUUCCUAGGCUGUCAAGGGUCCGGAUGUGUGAUCACAGAGACGCCGACGGGCCGGCCGUACAUCGACAUGGUGCACGACCAACUCGGGGUGGCUUUCGGCGGGAACGGAAUGGCGGCCAAGUGGAGUGACGAGAUUGGGCGGCUUGCGUUCCAGAUGCUGCUUGGCGACUGGGACUCGCACCUACCUCGGGACCUCUUCCGGCUUAAACUGUCCCAUCAACGCCUAGCGCGGUUAUAGCCGUAACACCAUACACAGAUAAAUGCCAUUCUAUAUUUUCACAUUUGAUAUUUUUUACAUAACAAAUAUUGUGUAAUAGAGGUUCCAAGUGACAUAUACGAGGGUUCACGGGUCCAAAAUUUACAUAUAGUGUGGUGUCACGAGUCACGGAUCCAAAACUUUGUAGACACUGUCUUAACACACACUUAGAAACCUUCAGUGAUCGUUGUAUAGAGCAGUUCCUUUUCUGUACAAAUCAAUGCUUUCAGUCAGAUGGGACUUAAUCAGUGGGACUACAUCGGUUUGAAAAAUUAUUUAAUUCAGGAUUUUUUUUUCUUUCUCAUUUAAUGCUUAUUAUUUGUAAAUUAUUUUCUUACGACGUCUCAUGUUCGCAGCCUUUCCAAGUUGAUGUUGUAAAAAAACAAGGAUAGCGUGACCGAUAUAAGAAUAGCAAACUGUUGCUUUUGUUAGAACUAUUAAUGAUUUAUUAAAUAUAUUUGCAGGUGUGAAAUCAUCGUUGAUUCCAUGGCAUUAUAAGUUUCAAUAUCAGACAUUAAUUAACAAGUUUAUGAUACACCUUUAUUUUUCAUUAACUCAUUGCAAACACAUUUUAUUGAUAUGGUACACAAAACAAUAAACAUGAAAUAAAACAUUCAUGAAUA